AAGUGUCAAUCUUAACAAAUUUUCGAACAAUUUGAUAUUCACAUUGACGUAUGACACUCCUUUCACCCCUUGGUUACAUGCGUUGUAACGGUUUAUUAGAGUAGAUGACGUACAAGAAGGCAAUUUACGUACAUACAUUAUGUAAAGAAUGUAUAUACACACUAAAUAAUAUAAGUAUGUACACAUAUGUACAUAAUUAACAAUGCGUGGUAAUGAGUGGCUCGGAAGUAUAUGUAUGUAGAUUUACCGUACUGAAGAGCCAUUUAUCACUGGUGAAUGUAAUGGGAAAACUGGGAAUGAUGAGAUGACAGUACCAAGUGGUAAAAAAUUUAAUCGGGAGAAAUAAAUUACUCUAGCUGAUAUUUAAGAGUGUAGUAAAUAUAUACUGCAUCCGUAUUUACAUAUGUACAUAUCAGAGGUCGACGCCGACGACGCCUCCGACCAUACGCCGCCGCCGCCAAAAAAUUUGAUUUCCUAUACCUUCAAUAAUGCGAUGCCGCCCCGCGCCGCCGACGCCGCCGAAAAAUCACCAGAAACUGGCGCCGCCGCCGCCGAAAAUUUGUCGGCGUCAACCUCUGGUACAUAUGCACUGCUUCAUUACACAUACCGCGAAGGGAUUCGAUGAGUAAUUGUACUCAACUUAGGUCGUACAUAGUUGCCGUAAAAACUGUUUAUAUACAUAAAUAGAAAAUUUCGAAAUGGUAUGUGUAAUGCAGGAAUACAGUCAUAUAAAACAAAGCACCUAAAUACUUCUAUUCUACCCUUUUUUUAUUUAUAACAUUUGUUAUUUCUGAGAAAUACUUUGGAGAGUAUGGUAUUUCUGAAUAGGAAUAAAUGAAACCAUUAUCACUCAACCCUUUUCUACACAACCCAGCCCUUCAAUUUCAACGUUUUAGUCUCCAGCUUACUCUCCGUUCAGCAAAGACUACCCAAUCCGGCAGUUUUACAAAUUUAAAAAUUUUACUAAAAAAUUAAGCUUAAGUUCAAAGAUUUUUUAAAACUAUUCUGCACAAUUUAAUUGACUUAAAAGCACUCAUUUAAUUAACCUAACGACAUGGAAUCAAUCUUUUCGAACGAAUUGAUAAUGGAAAAAAUCGCGACGUAUCUAACCCUCCCGGAAUUGAAACGGGUUCGCCUGCUCUUUCCUGGCAUUAGUGACAGCGUGGCAAGGAUAAUUUUGCGGAGAUCGGUGGUGACCGUGCCCGUUUGGCGUGAUGAUGAUUGCGAAUUCUGGAUUGACAAGGAGAUAACGACAUGGCUAAUUUCCGUGGUGGUGAAGCGAGCCAGAUUGUCCUUGAGUAAAAAGACGCGAGAAAACGUGCGUGGGAUGAAGGCGAUAGAGUUUUUGCAGCAGAUAAAAGACGAUAUAAUCGAACUGGAGUUGACCGCUAAGUAUCCUCUUCGCACGAAACUUGAACUCCUCCAACUCCCACGGAUGCCGUCCCUCCAAAUUUUCAGAAAUAAGGCUAUCGAAAUUUUCAAAGUUGAACGUUUCCUAAAUCCAACCAACUUUCCAAAAGUGGAAACCAUUUUACUCCGCUCGAGUAAAAAGUCUUCAGGCAGUUUAAACCAACUCAUUUUUGCCUUAAGCAUCCCAAUGCCGACAGUUUUGCGACUCCAUCUCUACGGAAUAACUGACUACGAUCUGUUUUCAAAAAUUUGCCAACUUUUUGAGAACGUGAAAGAAUUUCGUAUUGGGACUGGACCACGAAGAGGGCCCAAUUUCUGGCCGGAUGACAGCAUACCGCAGUUGUUUUUGUCUUUCAGUGAAUUUCGAGGAUUGGAAACUUUAAAGGUCAAUCUCCGGGAAAAAUCCAACUUUUCCACUCUGACCAGAGCACUUGACUCAAUUUCGGUACCGGGACUCAAGGAAUUCCAACUUACCGUGGGGAUGACGCAGGCCGAUUUCAGCCUGAUGCAACCAGCGAUCUUUUUUCACGUUCGGGACGUAUUUUUCCAUUCUCGCUCCGCCUUCGGAAGAAUUCCCAGCCUAAAGACGAUCGAGGUCGGAUUUGAUGUUGUUUGCCAUCGGACUACUAAGCGAAUAAAAUUAUUCAGUGACACGAGAUAAUUGCGACACGUUGUGACGAUGUAUGUAAAUAUUUAAAUAUGGUCUACCUAACAAUAAUUGAGACAAAUACGUACACUCUUAAAAAUAAUGUUACCUUUUUAAGCAGUAAAUGCACUCUGAAUUUCGUAUUAAAUAAACUCAAUAAACUCCUUCGUUUAUUUUGCCCUUGAUCAAGUUAAUGUUGCUCUGGAUUUAGAAUACAUACAUACUUUCAAAAGUGUAACAUUAUUUUUAAGAGUAUACGAUGGAGUGUUUUCCGUACUAAUUAUUUAAAACUACAGAAAAUUUCCAGCCGUUCUCACAACUAAAUAUGCAACGUAUCACUUUUUCCACAAAAUAAUAAAAAUCUUUCUCUCCACCAGAGCCGUGUUACGAACUCGCUUCACAUUACAGAAAAAGUCACCUGACUUUCCAUAGUGCAUGUAUCAUUGAUACAGGUUUCCGUCUAGGCUAUUUUUUUCUAAAUAAAGUUCACAGCGUAAAAUUUGAUGUUUUCUGUUUGCAUAAUUGCAUAUAUUUAUUUACAUAUACUUGUGUGAACAUGGGGAUACACAUUAUGCACACAAAAAAAUAACGCCAUUUGUAACCUUUGAAAAUUUUGAAAU